UGAAUAUUGUAAUCAAAGAUAUUGUAAAAUGUAUUGGCUUUUAGUUUUAGUGAUAUUUUUAUUGAUAUUGACAAUUACUUGGCAUACAUUACAUAAACUAAAAAUAGGAAACAUCAGCAGUCGGUACGUGCUAGUAACUGGUUGUGAUUCGGGAUUCGGCAAUUUGCUGACAAAACAGCUAGACUUGCUAGGUUUCCACGUAUUUGCUGGGUGCCUGACACAAGCUGGAGUAGAAAGUGUGAAGAGCGAAUGCUCAGACAAGGUACUGGCAAUACAAAUGGAUGUUUCAAAUGACGAAAGCAUCAAACAAACGAUAGAGGUCAUCAGAAAAAAGAUUCCAUCUGAAAAAGCUUUAUGGGCAGUCGUCAACAAUGCUGGAAUUAUAGGUAGUAUAGGUCCAUCUACAUGGCAAACACGACAGAACUACAACAACACAAUGGCUGUUAACCUAUACGGGGUUAUAAUGGUCACGAAGGCGUGCAUGCCAUUGGUUCUUAAAGAACAUGGGAGGAUCAUCAAUACUGCAAGCAUUAUGGGAAGAUUUGCAUUCGUAGACCCAUCCUAUUGUGUAUCCAAAUAUGGCGUAGAGGCUUUUUCUGACGUUCUUAGACGUGAAAUUUACAGAUCGGGUGUAAGUGUUCAUAUCAUUGAACCAGGAUUUUACAGAACGCCCCUAAUGGACAGAGAAUCAUACAGACAAAAACUAAACAACAAGAUAAAACAAUUACCAGAAGAUGUGAAAGAGAGUUUGCCAUGCAAUUUCGCUGACAUGAUGAUGAGAGGUCGUGAUACUUUCCUUGAAAAGGUUGCAUCAUCCAAAGUUAACGAAGUUGUUGAGGCCUACAUUGAUGCGAUUAUAUCACAAUUUCCUAAGAGCAGGUACCUUGUUGGUUUUGAUGCAAAGUUCAUAUUUCGCCCAUUGUCAAUGUUACCCGAGUGGAUCAGUGAUAGGGUAAUAAUAAAAAUGUUACCUUGAAUGUAUAAGUAAUUGAGUGGAUUAGUAUGAAUUUUACAUUAAAUGAACCAAUGGAUAAUGAAUAUGUUACCCUAAGUAGAUCAGUGACUAGGUGGUAGAGAAAAUCUUGAGUGGAUCAGUGAUUGGGUGAUAAAAAAUGAAACCGUAGUUGAUAAGUGAUUUAGUUAUAAUGAAAAUGUUACGUUAAGUGAAUCAAUAAUUAGAGGGUAAUCCAACUUUUUCUAUGAGUGGGUCAGUGACUGAAUGAUAUUGAAAAUUUAUCUUGAGUAGAUCAAGGAUUGGGAAAAAGUGAAAAUGCUACCCGAGGAUUUUAGUAAUUGAUUGAUAGUAAAAAUGGUACAUUGAGUUGCUUAGUGAUUGGGUGAGAGUAAAACUGCUCAGCAAAUAACGGAAGUAGCUGACACCUAAGAGACAUUCUUUCACAAGAGAGUUAAGUAAAGGAGAUCUAUAAAAACAAAAAAAGACAGAUAUCUGUUAUAUGCUAAACGUGCACGUUCUGCAGUUUCUACAGUAAAAGUAGUGAGACUUAUUUCGCCGCCAGUGCUACACCUAUAUUUACUAAAACAUGUAAGAAGAUACUUUGAAAUGGUAGAAAGCAUGAUACGCAACCAAGCAGGUCCGCUUUCAUAGUGUUUAGUAAUAGAAAGAAAUGACAUGUACUAAAAACCCCUGGCACCUGUUUCAGCAAAUUGCAGUUCUUAUUCGGGAUCAUUGAUUUCACCUCAUUUAGAUUUGAAGAUUGAAUACUGCUUAAGCCGGUGCUAGGGGG